AUGUCGGAAGAAAAUGCUGCGGGCGAGCCCAGCAUCCCGGGAGGGUCCCGACCCCUCCUCCCUGGAGCCCGGGGGCUUAUCGGAAGGAGGCCAGCACCCCCCCUCACCCCUGGUCGCCUUCCGUCGGUCCGCUCCAGAGACCUCACCCUCGGUGGAGUCAAGAAGAAAACCUUCACCCCAAACAUCAUCAGUCGGAAGAUCAAGGAAGAGCCUAAGGAAGAAGUAACUGUCAAGAAGGAGAAGCGUGAGAGGGAUAGAGACCGACAACGAGAAGGUCAUGGACGUGGCCGGGGUCGCCCAGAAGUGAUCCAGUCCCACUCCAUCUUUGAGCAGGGCCCAGCUGAAAUGAUGAAGAAAAAAGGGAACUGGGAUAAGACAGUGGAUAUAUCAGACAUGGGGCCCUCCCAUAUCAUCAACAUCAAAAAAGAGAAGAGGGAGACGGAUGAAGAAACAAAACAGAUCCUGCGCAUGCUGGAGAAGGAUGAUUUCAUCGAUGACCCUGGGCUGAGGAAUGAUACUCGAAACAUGCCUGUGCAACUGCCUCUGGCUCACUCUGGAUGGCUGUUUAAGGAAGAGAAUGAAGAACCAGAUGUUAAACCUUGGCUGGCUGGCUCCAAGGAAGAGGACAUGGAAGUAGAUGUGCCUGUUGUGAAAGUGAAAGAGGAGCCACGAGAUGAGGAGGAGGAGGCCAAGAUGAAGGCUCCCUCCAAAGCAGCCAAGAAGACCCCAGGCCUCCCAAAGGACAUAUCUGUGGCAGAGCUGCUCAGAGAGUUGAGCCUCACCAAGGAAGAAGAACUACUGUUCCUCCAGUUGCCAGACACCCUACCUGGCCAGCCACCCACUCAGGACAUCAAGCCUAUCAAGACAGAAGUACAAGGCGAGGAUGGGCAGAUGGUGGUUAUAAAGCAGGAGAAAGAUCGGGAAGCCAGGCUGGCAGAGAAUACCUGUACCCUCAGUGACCUGACAGAGGGCCAGGUUGGCAAACUGCUCAUCCGCAAGUCAGGAAAGGUGCAGCUCCUCCUGGGCAAGGUGACUCUGGAUGUGACGAUGGGAACUUCUUGCUCUUUCCUGCAGGAGCUGGUGUCCGUGGGCCUUGGAGAUAGUAGGACAGGUGAUAUGACAGUCCUGGGACAUGUGAAACACAAACUUGUAUGUUCUCCUGAUUUUGAAUCCCUUUUGGAUCACAAACACCGAUAA